AUGGAACUUCAAGAAACUAGUGACUUGCCCGAAUGUUGGAAUAAAGGAUUAUCUGUUGUUGAUAAAACUCUUCGCUUUUCCAAACCUUGGCAAGACUGUUCUAUAAUUUCGAAUGGAAAUUCAAAAGAAACUCAAAUGUCUAGUUUGAGAAAAAAAAUUUUUGAACACAAAAAAUCUGACGCCCAUCUUAGAGCAGUAGAAUUACAUAAACAAUCAAACGAAAAACAAAUAGAAAAAAGUUUCGAAAAUGCAUUUAAAUCAAAGUUCUCUACUACUGAAAAAGUUUUUAGAACUGUUUAUAAAAUUGUAAAAACUCAAAGGCCUUUUGUUGAUUUACCAAAUGAAAUAGAUUUACAAGUAUUAAAUGAUUUUCCCGGUGAACCUUAUACUAUUAAUCUUGACUUAAUUGAACUCCCUAAUACCUCUGCUGAAACUAUUACUAAAUCAUUACUUGAUUGUUUGGGUGGAUACGGAUUUGAUCAAAUUUUUUUAAAUGAAUGUUUUAUUGCGUUUGCAUGUGACGGAGCUUCUGUUAUGAUCGGAAAAGAUUCGGGAGUAGCCACGCGACUUAAAAUUCAAUUUCCUAAAUUAAUUAUUUGGCAUUGUUCAAAUCACCGUUUGGAACUGGCAGUAGGUGAUGUUGUUGCCGAAGUUUGUGUUCGAUGGGUAGCAUCAAGCAAACGCACAGUUAAUGCAGUCAUAAAUAAUUUUUCUGCUUUGUGUGAACAUUUCAACUUGGCUUCAACAGACUCUACCAGAGACUCUAAAGAAAGAAGUAAAUACUGUGGAUUGUUUAAAAUGAUAACAAGUAUAGAAUUUGUUAGUAAUUUAAAUACCAUGUCUGAUGCUUUAGACGAAUUAGGAGAUUUAUCAGAAUAUUUACAAAAACGUAGUAUUACAUUAGUAGACGCUGAUAAAUCUAUAAGAACAACAAUACGUGUAUUAGAUUCUAUGGUAACGAUCCGGGUCCAAAAUUAA